CGCACGCGAUCGCACACAGAAAAGGGGGGAGAGAUAGAGAGGGGAACGAAAAUGGCGACGGCGAUGGUGAGAUCUGGCCUCCGAACGGCCCUUCGCGGUGGGUCACGGGGAACUCCUGCUACCAAGAGAACAUUUUCUGCCUCUGCUCGUCACGACGAUGCCUAUGAGGCGGGAAAGUGGGAGAAGAUUACUUAUGCCGGCAUUGCCACAUGUUCUAUUCUGGCGAUCUUCAUACUGUCCAAGGGUCAUCAUCAUCAUGAAGAACCUCCUCCGUACCCAUAUUUGCACAUUCGUAACAAAGAGUUUCCAUGGGGUCCAGAUGGCCUUUUUGAGGCGAAGAAACACUGAUCUUUGAAGGAGGUCAACAUCAUAGAGACUUCAGGAAUAACAGUUGUUAGUUUGUUUCUCCCAUGUGAUCAAUCUAGUACUGAAAACUACCUUGGAGAUGAUUUCUUUGGCCCUGCUUUCAGGAAACUAUUGUUUUCAGGCUGUAUUUGGAGUUAAAAUAUUUGCAUGUUUCCUUUCCCAUCACGUUGUUUCUUGUUAUGUGCUUUGCAGCAAAAUAAAUUUAGCAAACACCUGGUUCUAUGGUAGGUGAUGAUAGUUCUCCUUAAUUUUCCGGUGGGUAGUGCUAACAUUGUCUAAUAAGUCUGAUCUCUGAAUUUGUGAGCUUGUAGCUGGCAGUCUGUUGAGGC